GAGAACUACCUACAUUCAUAUAUACAGAAGAACAAAGAUGGCUUGCUGGUCUGCUGAGAAUGCCACAAAGGCCUACCUCAAAUCCUUGAAACUGGGCCAAAAGGCAAAUGAGCCGGAUGUGGUUGAGUUCGUUUCAGCACUAGCUGCAGGCAACAAUGCACAGCUAAUGGUUGUGGUGUGCUCUGGUGCAGCUGACUACACCACACUAGCCCUGGUUGCGGCGGCACAGCAAACCGGAGGGCGUGUGGUGUGCAUUCUCCCUGGCAAUGAAGAGCUGCGUAUGUCUGAGAAAGUUCUUGGCAUAAAAAAUAUGUGUCACAUUGAUUUUGUGAUUGGGGAUGCUCAAAAUCUUGUGUCGAACUAUUACAAGGAGGCUGAUUUUGUGCUGAUUGAUUGUAAGCUUGAGAACCAUGAGGGGAUUCUUAGGGCGGUGGUGCAAAUGGGGAAGAAGCAAAAUGGGGCAGUUGUUGUGGGGACUAAUGCCUUCUGCGGGUCGUGGCGGUCCGGUGGGGCGAGAACUCAGUUGUUGCCUAUAGGGGGAGGAUUGUUAGUGACAAGAAUUGCAGCUAGUACUAUUGAAAGGAGGAAGUCUCAAUGGGUUGUGAAAGUUGACAAAUGCACAGGUGAAGAGCAUGUUUUCAGGGUCAGGUCUCCACAAGGGAAAUGGAUUCAAGCAUAG